AUGAAGAACAUAGAACUGAAGACCGUCUCGAAUGAGGAUCAGCUGAAGGAACUGGGCACACUGAGCCUGGCCUCCCUGCAACUGAUCACAAAUUCAUCAGUGUCUGGGGCCACCUUCGAACAUUCCUUAACCUCCAAGGACCUACAUCCAAAUCCUAACCCUCCUACUUACUACCAGUUUGACAGCCUGGCCCCCAGCCGCAGAAAUGCGCCCCGGGGGCUGAGCAGUCCCGGGUGGCGGGGGAGAAGCCCAGACGCCGGCCAGGGGGGUGCUGGCCGGCAGCAGGGGUCCUCGCCGGCCGGCCGGCCGCCUGGCUUUGUGUGCGGGGUGUGCGAGCCCGCCGCGGGUGGGUCUGUCUGUCCUUCGGCUCGGGUACGUACGGCGGCGGUGGACGAGGGCAGCUGGCCGCCCGGGGAUGCCCGCAGUCAGGCCCGAAGGCAGCCCGCCCGUGGAGCGGCCGGGCUCCUCGGGCUCCUCCCUCCUCCUCCGUACGGCGAUCUCCCCGGCUCCGGGAGACAGCGAGAGAAAGCGCCAGCGGCCGGCCCCACCUCCUCGGGAAGGCUCCCGGGCAGCGCAGGCUGCGGGCGGAGCUUCCCCGGAGGCGGCUCGGGAGCGGCGGCUGGGGAGGGGGCGCCAGCCUCCCGGCCCUUGGCUCUGGCCCUCCACAGUCACCUCUGGGGGGCCCCGGGGAGGGGUGCCCCCCCAACCCCCCGAUCCGCAGCCCGGUCCAGGCCAAGCGGCGAAAAGCAAACUUUUCCUUCCCACCCCCGACCUCCGGCAAAGGGCUGGGUCUGGCGAGCGAGGGAGACGAGGGGGUGGCCCCGCGCGGGGGUCGCGGGGCUCCGGCUCCGUUCUGCGGGGAAGGAGCCCCGGGCAGCGGCCGCGGCCCACCCCCUCCUCCGCGCCCGCUCCUCCCACUGCGCUGGCUCCGGAGUUAGGUCACCGCGGCAGCCCCCCGCGCGCAGCCACCCCCGGGGGGCUCCUCCGAGCCCCGGCUCGGGGGAUCGAGCCUCCGCCAGGGGCCGGCCCCGGCUGCUACCUCCGCCCGCAAAGCCCCCGGGAGCCGAGCCGGUGACAAAGCAGCUGGCCGGCCGGAUGGCCGCCUCCCCAACCCCCCCCCCACCCCGGGCACACGCGAGACCGCGCCGGGGCCCGUCCCCGGGACCCGAGAGAAGCGCGCCCCGCGAGCCGGCUGCGGGAGCCAAGCGGGCCGGGGCUGCCCGUCCUCCGCCGCAGUCCCCCCGCGCGGGCCCUCCAGCCGCGUCCUUCCACACCCCACGCGGAGAGCAGCGGAGCAGAGCCCGGCCCGCAGAGCGGCUGCGGGGCUCCUCCGCGGGCGCAGUCGGCUGGCUCGCCCGAGCCGGGGACCCCUCCGUGCCUCCCCUCGCCUCGCCUAGCCUGGUUCUCCCGCACGCACACGCGCGGCCCGGGGCCGAUCCGAGGCAGCCCGAAGCUCGUCCCCGCACUUGGAACGCGGAGCCCGGAGCCCGGCACGUCCGGAGCCCUCUGGGUCCCGCGUGCCCGGCCCCCGCCUCGGCCGCCCGUGGGCUCCGCGCCCCGCGCCCCCUACCUUGGCCGCCGGGAGCCAGGCACGCGAGGGUGGGUGUGCGAGUGUGUGUGUGUGCGUGCGGGCACAUCCGGCCCGAGCCGAACUUGCAGGGAGCCACGCGGGGAAGGAGGCGCGGGCGGAGCGCAGCGGCUCCCGAUCCCACCCCCGCCGCCUCCCGAGCCCCGCCGAGCCGCAGCCGAGCCGCCCAGCCCCGCCGAAAAGUUCGCCUCUGGGCAGCCACUUACAGCAGCGAUCCGGGCUCGCCGCGAACGGGCCGGCCAUGCUCACAUUCCGCGCCGCCGCCGCCGCCCCCUCCCCGCCGCUGCCGGCGCUCGGGCUCCCGUGCCUGCUCGCCGCCGCUGCCCAGCAUGAAUGGAGGGGAAGGAAUGCAGCGCGGGGCUCCGAGGGAGCCAGAGCCUCGCUCUGACUUCCCGGGGCGCGCGCUCCCCGCCCGCACGCACGCACACUCACUCACACUCGCUCCCCAGCCCCGCCCGCCGGGGGAGGAGCCGCCGCGCCGCCGCCAGCCUCUAGGGGGCGCCCCGACCUCUGCACGACUCGGCCGGCGCCGAGCCGAGCCGGCCGGGCAGCGCCGCCUUAAAAGGGCGAUGCCGACGAAGACGCGGAGCCGGCCGCCUUAA